AUGGCAUUAAAACAGGCCAUAAAAGCUGGGUUAAUUUUGAAAAAGGUUCAUAGAGUUUUAAAAUUUAACCAAUCACCUUGGCUUGCCAAGUAUAUCGAAUUGAACACUAAUAUGAGGAAAAAUGCAGAAAAUGAUUUUGAAAAAGAUUUCUUCAAAUUAAUGAAUAAUGCAGUAUUUGGAAAAACAAUGGAGAAUGUUAGGAACCGAAUAAACAUGAAGUUAGUGUCAGACGAAAAAAAAUGUGCCAAGUUGAUUAACAAAAUUACAUUUAAAAAUAUCACAAUAUAUAACAACAACCUUGCAGCAGUACAUUUGAAUAACGAUGAAUUAAAAUUUGAUAAACCUAUUUAUAUAGGUUUUUCUAUUAUCGAUGUAUCAAAAACCUUAAUGUACGAUUUCCACUAUGGUUCCAUGAAACAACACUAUGGCAGCUGUAUUGAACUCAUGUAUAUGGAUACAGAUUCUUUUAUAUAUUCAAUUAAGACUCAUGACUUCUAUGCUGAUCGAAAACAAAAUAGUUUUUUAGAGGCUGAAGAAGUUGAACGGAUAGAAGCAGAUUUGGCAGAAAUGGUGGAUGAUAUCGGUUAUUAA